AUGUCCAUCACCAAAAUCCACGCCCGCCAGAUCUUCGACUCCCGCGGUAACCCUACCGUCGAGGUCGACCUCCACACUGCAAAGGGUACGCGGCUCUUCCGCGCCUCGGUGCCGUCUGGUGCGUCCACCGGUGUUCACGAGGCUGUUGAGCUCCGGGAUGGCGACAAGGCGAACUACGUCGGCAAGGGUGUCGCGAAGGCCGUUGCGAACGUCAACGACUCCAUCGCACCCGAGCUCAUCAAGGCCGGCCUGAAGGUCACCUCCCAGAAGGAGAUCGACGACUUCCUCAUCAAGCUCGACGGCACCCCCAACAAGGGCAAGCUCGGUGCGAACGCCAUCCUCGGUGUCUCCAUCGCCGUCGCCCAGGCCGGCGCCGCGGAGAAGGGCGUGCCCCUCUACCAGCACCUCGCCGACCUCGCGGGUGUCAAGCCCCCCUUCACCCUCCCGGUCCCUGCGUUCAACGUCAUCAACGGUGGCUCGCACGCGGGCAACAAGCUCGCGUUCCAGGAGUUCAUGCUCCUCCCCACUGGCGCGACUAGCUUCACCGAGGCGAUGAAGAUUGGUAGCGAGACGUACCACACCCUCAAGAAGGUCAUCAGUGCCAAGUACGGCAUUGACGCCGUCAACGUCGGUGAUGAGGGAGGUUUCGCGCCCAACGUCUCCGGCGCGGAGGAGUCGCUCGAGCUCCUGUCCGAGGCGAUCAAGAAGGCUGGCUACGAGGGCAAGAUCAAGAUCGCGCUCGACGUUGCCUCGUCCGAGUUCUACAAGGAGGGCAAGUACGACCUCGACUUCAAGAACCCCAACUCGGACCCGACGAAGUGGAUCACGGGCAAGGAGCUCGCGGAUCUCUACCUCGGCUACGUGAAGAAGUACCCGAUCGUGUCGAUCGAGGACCCCUUCGACCAGGACGACUGGGAGGCGUGGACCCACUUCACCGCGGCCAGCGGCAUCCAGAUCGUCGGCGACGACUUGACGGUCACGAACCCGCUCCGCAUCAAGACGGCCAUCGAGAAGAAGGCGUGCAACGGUCUUCUGCUCAAGGUCAACCAAAUCGGCACGAUCUCCGAGUCGAUCCAGGCCGCGCAGCUCGCGCAGUCCGACGGGUGGGGCGUCAUGGUGUCGCACCGCAGCGGCGAGACGGAGAACACGCUCAUCGCGGACCUCGUCGUCGCGCUCGGCGUCGGCCAGAUCAAGACGGGCGCGCCUGCGCGCAGCGAGCGUGUCGCGAAGUACAACCAGCUGCUCCGCAUCGAGGAGGAGCUCGGGAACGGCGUGUUCGCGGGCGAGAAGGGCUUGAGCCAGGGCCGCACCCCGCCGGCGCUCCUCAAGUAA